GCUUGACCUCAUCUGAUCUUACACCCGAAACAAUUACAAGCUCCACUUAUACCCCAUACUCUACAAAAUACUCUAUAUACCAUCAAAAUGACCGACGCAUACCCCGAAACCAAGCAAAGCUCCCGCGGCAACCACCCCCGAACCUCGACGCUAGGCGGCGCCAGCGCAGUCCCAACCCCAGCCAACAACACCGGCGGCGGCACAGGCUGGGGUGAUAAGGGUUUCUUCAAGGGUGGAUCACAAGGAACUGGUCAUGUAGCUCCCCCCAACGCCAAAGCAACCUUCGGCGAAUACCUCCCCCUACAAGAACAAAAAGGCGCCGCAACGUCCAAAUUCGCGCAACGCGCUACAGACACGAACAUGGAUAUAUCAGGGGAGGGGUCGAAUACCAGUUGUCAGACUGAGGAUCAUAGCUUUAUGUGUCAUCGGCCGGGGAAUUCGGAUACCUUGCCGGGGUGGUCGAAGACGAAGAAUGCGGUUGAGGCGACGUAUGACUUCCUUUCUUUCCAAACUAAAUGAGUGAAUUGAUUGAAUUGAAUUGGUGGUUGGAUGGUGCUGAUGCGUUUGUGGUUUUAGGUUGCAUGGGCAGGGAAGAUAGGGUGUGGAUUGGGUUUUUGUUAUGAUUGUUGUGUUUUGCAUGAGAAAUUGGAUAAUUACUUGUUUGUACUUAAUGC